AUGGAUUAUUGGUAUUACAGUACUAGUAGACAUUAACCAUUUCAUUGAUCACUUUCGUCGAUCCACAGCAUCGGAUGCUGAUUCAUCCAUCUCGAUCGUUCGUCUUCGAUCGUCCCACUUGCAUUCAUUCAGAAAAGAUUGGUCUAAUUAGGGGAAACCCCAAGGUGCAAUCUGCUAAAGCGGCCGGUCUUCUCCGAUAGUAGUAUAAAACCACUGCUGGGCAGAUGGGCAAUGGCAGCCUGUACUGUCAUUCUGCUGCUAAUUCCUAAUUCCAUCACAGUUAAGAACAGUUUAGUUGUUGGUUGCUUGUUAGCUUAGCUGCUGAUGGCGCCGGAGGAGUCGUUUAGGCGGCCGUGCUCCGUCCCUUUCAAGUGGGAGCUCCAGCCGGGCGUCCCAAAGCAGCAGCAGCCACCAGCCGGCAGCCAUGGCGCCGCCGCCGCUGGUGCUCCUCCCUCGUCGUCGGCUUCGAUCGCGCUGCGGCUGCCUCCGAGGCUCGCGCCGCCUCCCGCCGCCGCUGCCGUUUCUUCCUGCGUCCCCAGCGUGUCCGGCGGCGGCCUGGCGGCUUCUGCGUCGGCGCGAUGGAGGAGCUGUGCUCCGGCGGCGGCGACGGCGCCGAAGACGACGGCGGCGGCUGCGGGGCGGCACCGGCGGUCGAUGUCGGCGCGGUUCGCGACGUCGCUGGCGGCGCUGCCGUUCGCGCGGCGGCGGCAGGGCCGGUACUCCAGGGAGGAUGACGACGUGGCCUUCUUGGCCAUCUACGGCGACGACCUCGUGUCAUAGUCUCAUAGAUGGAGUACUCAUUUAUCACAUAUUUAGAAAUUAUAAUUAGGAUCAGAAAUCAGAUUCCUGUGUAACACGAAUGUAAAAAAGAUUUUACUUUAAUUCUUGC